AUGAGCACUUCCGGAAUCCCUGUUAAGCUGCUGAACGAAGCCCAAGGCCACACGGUGUCGCUGGAGCUAACGACCGGCGAAACAUAUCGGGGCAAGUUGGUGGGCAGCGAGGACAACAUGAACUGCCAGCUAAGAGACGUGACAGCGACGGCACGGAACGGCCAGGUGACACAUAUGGACCAUGUAUUCGUGCGAGGCUCGCACGUAAGGUUCUUUGUCGUACCAGACAUGUUUAAGAACGCUCCUCUGUUCAAGAGUGAGUCUGCACACAAGCCACCACCACCCAUCCGCGGACCACGGAGAAAGUAA